AUGUAUAUAGUUAGCAGAUUAGUUGGGAAACAAACGCCUAUUGCCUUUUAUUCCAACAAACCUCAUGGAAAAGCCGAUGAAGACACUGAACUCUUACAAACGCCUAUUGCCUUUUAUUCCAACAAACCUCAUGGAAAAGCCGAUGAAGACACUGAACUCUUACAAACGCCUAUUGCCUUUUAUUCCAACAAACCUCAUGGAAAAGCCGAUGAAGAUACUGAACUCUUGAACGAUACAGGAACAUAUUUGUAUAUAAAGAAUUGA